AACAUGUUAGCGAAACAUAUAUUUUCGACUUUAUUCAAAAUUCUCAAGUUUGGUGCUUUAUUAUACAUUUUGCUCGAUUUGCAACGUGCUCAAUGUUUCAACUGCAAUAGUGGUGAAACUAUAGCAGAUAAGAAAUUAUGUGAUACUAAGAAGGAUUGUUCAGAUGCAAGUGAUGAGACUUUUGAAGUAUGUUUUUGGAAUCAGUGCCGAAAUAAAUAUCGUUGUGCCUAUGGAGCAUGUUUUACGGAUGAACAAGAAUGUGAUGGCUUUCCCGAUUGCCAUGAUGGCACCGAUGAGUAUUGGCAACGUUGUUCCAAUUUUGAAGAGAAUCAGAUUAAAAAUGAAGAAAUGCAUGGCGAUUGCAUCUCAAUUAAUCAAAUCCAAUGCAAAGAAUCAAAGGAAUGCAUUCCCAUUCGUGCUACUUGCGAUGGCGCUGAGGAUUGUCGUGAUGGCAGUGAUGAAACAUUGGAAAUGUGUUUAAAUUCCUUGUGUCCAUUUGAUACUUUUCGGUGUGCCUACGGUGGAUGCAUACCCAAAUUAUCGCUUUGUGACCAUCAGGCAGACUGCAGAGACUCGAGUGAUGAAAUUCCGUCAAUAUGCCGAAAAUUAAAGCGACUGCCAACAAAUUCUAAUUGGACUGUGGCUCUCCGACCAGAACAUGUACCAAAGCCAACUAUAGAACAAUCUUCAUAUUAUCCAGAAAUUACACAAACUGAAAAACCAUCCAAGGAACCCAUUCUAAAGAGUUGUCGCGUACCGCCAAGUGAUAAUACCUUAAUUGUGAAUACCUUAUUCAAUACGAUUCCCUAUAAUCAAAAAGAGACUGUUCCCCAUGCCACUGUCGUUCGACUGGGUUGUGUAAAGAAUUUUACCCUUAGGGGAGAAGAUGUAAAUGCUUGCCUAAAUGGCACUUGGCAAGGAUACUGGCCCGAGUGUGUCAGGACUUGUAAGAAGGGCACUAUAACCCAAAAUGUGAGCAUCAAACCGACUUGUACGUACCGCGCUGAUUCCAUUGACUGCAAAAGCAAUGAUGUCAAACUGGUUGUUGGUACUAGAGUCACAGUUGAGUGUGCUCCGGCAUAUAUCAGUCAAAUGGUUAACCAAUCAGUGGAAUGGUAUUGCAAUAGAGAUGGUAAUUGGAAAUUUUACAAUAAAGCAAUGGAAGAUUUUAAAUGCAUACCGGAUUGUGGCAUUAUUUUGCCAACCGUACAGCAAAUACCAUGGGUGGUUAGUCUAUUUCGAAGAACCCUCUCCAACCUAACGCAACAUAAUUUCAAAUGUUUUGGCGUCAUUAUGACUCCAACAUUAAUUCUCACACAUAAGGACUGUGUGCUUGAGACUAAUAAAAAUCAGUUAGAUGUUUUUACUAUUGUCGAAGGAAAUCAUACAGCUAGUUUUAUUGAUACAAUGGAACAUGCAUAUACCCUAUACUAUUUGGAGUCCCUUUCUGUUGAAAAGAACGGAACAUUAGCUUAUUUGAGAUUGAUAAAUCCUCUCAUAUUCUCAGCUCAAGUACGACCAGUUUGCUUUAGACAAGAAAAUUCAACUUUUAUCGGUGAACCUUUUGCUAAAUUAAAUGUUACAGAUAAUAAAUAUUAUCUUCAUUCGAUUAUGGAUCCAAAGAGAAACAUACAUAGCAUAGAUCAAUAUCGACCUUCCAUUUUCCUAAAGCUAAAAAAAAAUUAAAUUGGAGAAAUUUAGAGAAAAAAACAAUUGAAUUGUGAUUCAUCUGGGAAGCCUAUGAAAAAUAAAUUUCAUUUAAUUGUGUUUUUCUUUUGUUUUUUAAUGUUAUUAUUAAUCCGUUAUAAUACACUCGAGUUUAAUUUUAAUUAUA